AAAGAGGUCGUGACUGACAGCGUAUACUGAACUUGUGGUCAGUACCUCAAGAAUUGUUCAAUUUCGUCUUUCUAUAUAGGUUAUAUAUCAUUGGAUUCUUACGAAUGUCUUCAUCUAAUAUAGGUUAAUGCAUUAAAUGCAAAUAACGUUUUCUACAAUAAGAACGUUUUCAUUUAUGUGAUUAGUGGUGCGAUCAUCAAUUACAAAUUAAAAAAUAUAUAUAUAUAUAUAUAUAUAUAUUUUUCAAAAUAUUAAUAUAUACAAUUUAACAAACAAUGAGUUCGGAUAAUGAAGAAUUAAGGUUGACAGUCGAGGAAGAUGAUCUUCUUAACGAAAUACUAUGUAUGAAUACUAAUGUAAAGACAAAUGCACAAUCGAAAGAAUCUAUUAAAAUAGAUGACAAAUCAACAAAUAAGACUAGUAGUACAAACGAAUCUGUAAGUCAAAUAAAAAAAUUAAAAAUUGAUGCUACUCAGCAAAUCAAACAACAAAAAGAUGAAAAUAAUGAACAAUGUACGCGCAAGCAUGAAAAUAAAGAUAAAUCAAAAGAACAAGAAGUUGGUCCGGUUCAACCGAAAAUACAGAAAAGACAAAGAGAUACCUUGGAGACACGAGAUCCCAAAAUUUCAUGUCUUAGACACAACGAUGAGUCAAGUUCUACAAACAAUGGUACAAAAUCAUAUUCAGGAGAUGAUGAUAGAAGAAAUGUAGAAUAUGAAACUGAUCCUGCAGUACUUGCACGCAGGCAAAAGGAUAUAGAUUAUGGGAAAAAUACUAUUGGAUAUGAUCGAUACAUUAAAAUAGUUCCUAAGGAACAACGUACAAAGGAUCAUCCAAGAACUCCCCCAAAAUACAAUAAAUAUAGCAGAAGAGGAUGGGAUGGAAUGAUUAAACUAUGGAGAAAACAACUCCAUAAUUGGGAUCCUCCAAAAGAAAACGAAAAUACUGAACAAUGUUAAUUAAUUAAGAGUUGAUCUUUUUUUUUAUAUGAAUACAAUAGAA